AUGGAAGUUAGCUAUAUGAAUGUGAUUUCAAUGUUUGUAAAUAUCAAUGAAAACCAAAUUUAUCUACCUGAAGCAACUCCUGCUGUUAAUAUUUCAAGACAAAUUGAAACUGAAACUCAAGUUAGCAUAUUAUCAUCUGCAGACUACAGUGACCCUGCAAAUUGGCCUACUCAUUUUAGUGACAAUUUUUGCAAAAGUAGUUUGCCGGCUUUAGAAGGUACAGGUUUAAACGAUUGGAAGAAUAUUGGAGCAUUUCUUUCUUCUCAUGAAAAAAGUAAUUCACAUCUCGUAAAUUUUCAAAUGUGGAAAGAACUUGAUAUACGUUUAUCUACAGAAAAAACCAUUGAUCAUAUUAAUCAACAAAAAAUUAAUGAAAAAGAACAAUAUUGGCAACGAAUUUUAGAAAGAUUAAAUGCCUUAAUCAGAGUACUGGCUACGCAAAACUUGACAUUUUGUGGAACAAAUGAAAAGCUUUACAAUAACGCCAAUGGUAAUUUUUUAAAAUUUGUUGAGUAUCUCGCUUUAUUUGACCCAUUAAUGAAUGAACAUGUACGAAAAACUAAAAAUCAAGAAAUUAAAACUGCUCAUUGUCUUGGAAAAGAAAUUCAAAACGAAUUAAUACAAAUACUAGCAAAUGCUAUAAAAGAUAAUAUCUUGACUAGAGUAAAAUUUGCUAAAUAUUAUUCUAUAAUUUUAGACUGCACCCCAGAUAAUAGCCAUACAGAACAAAUGACAAUAAUAAUUCGUUUUGUUGAUUUAGAAUCACCAACAUCGCAUGAUGGGGAUUUAGUUAAAAUUAAAGAACAUGUUUUAGGAUUCAUACCUGUGGAGAAAUCUACAGGUGGUUUUUUGGCAAAAACAUUAAUUGAACAAUUGGAAAAUUUUAAUUUACCAAUUGAAAAUCUCCGUGGACAAGGAUACGAUAAAGGAAGCAAUAUGAAGGGUAAGGAAAAUGGGGUACAAAGAAAAAUUUUGGAUAUAAAUCCUCGGGCGUUUUUUUAUUCCAUGCAGCGCACAUUCAUUAAACUUAGUUGUGAAUGA